AAACAAACAGCGUCCAAACAAAAACAAAAUUUAAAAAAAGAAAAAACCUCAAAAAUUCCUAGCUAAAAUGCUAAAUCAAAUAGCUGUGGAGGCUCUGUAUUCUGCCACGUAUGUGGAAAACUAUCUGGACGCGGUGGAAAACCUGCCGGACGAAAUACAACGCUACAUAACGCGGAUCCGGGAAAUCGAUGUGAAACAUCGAAGCUACUUGCGUGAUGUGGACAUCUUUUACGAGCAAUGGGCAAACUGUUCGACCAACGAAUUGGAGUCCACAAACGCCACUAAGCGAAAUCGUGCAAUGACACGCAUUCAGCAAAGUUUGAUUGCUGCCCAGGAGCUUGGUGACGAAAAGCUGCAAAUUGUGCAACAAUUAACAGACUUGAUAGAGUCCAAGACACGUCAAUUGGAUCAGAAUUUCAAAAACCUGGACUACGGGAAAGAUGAGCCGAUGAACAUUGACUUUGCUACGAUGAAAGAACGACGCUCCCAAAGUCCCUCGAGUCCAGUCCAGGGGAAUGCGAGUGGUUCGUCGCAGCCAUAUAUUGCCGUAUCGAGUGUUUCGCAGGUGUCUCAAAGUAAUAAUGUAGUAAAUAGUAGUGUCAGUACAGCCUCGUCUAGCAGUCAAGCUGGCUCGAGCAAUGGGAAUGCCGACCGAAGCAACAAGAGAGCCCGCCGGCAAGCGCGUCAAGACACAGGUAGUGGCAUGGAUGUAGAUGGCAGUGACAGCAAUACGAAACCAGAGCCAAUUAUCACGUCGUCGUCUUCGAAGGCCGUCUCGUCAUCGCAAUCAGGCAGCAGUUCGAGUCAGAAGAAGGCAGUCAAUUCGAAAAAUGCGAAUAACAGUAGCAGCAGUAACAACAAGAAGAAACGCACGAGUAAAACGGGAACUGGAAACACAGGUUCCGCAAGUGGUCGACAGUCAGCAAGUGGUCACAAUAGUUCCCGCGAUGCACGCGAAGAUACACCGCCGCAAGAAGAGACAAUCGAUCCGGACGAACCGACGUAUUGCUUGUGCGAUCAAAUUUCCUUUGGCGAGAUGAUUUUGUGCGACAACGAUCUGUGUCCCAUUGAAUGGUUUCACUUUUCGUGCGUUGGUCUGGCCACGAAACCUAAGGGGCGAUGGUAUUGUCCCAAUUGCCGUGGCGACCGACCGAACGUCAUGAAACCAAAAGCACAGUUUUUGAAGGAGUUGGAACGCUACAACAAAGAAAAAGAAGAAAAAACAUAAACAAUCACCUUGGUCGUCAUCGCCGUUUUUUACUGUUUAUGUAAUAAUAAAUAAUUUUACUCGUUUGCAACACAUACAAGCAAAUGUGUUUAAUAUAAGGUAAUAAUAAAUGAUAUUUUGA